AUGGCCUUCCGGACGAGGUAUCCCGAUCUCCCGCUGUGGGUUUGUUUCUCAACUAAGUCUGGAGAUACUAGCGCAGCUUCGUCCCAAUCCGCUUCGCUUAUUGAGUUUGCUAUGGGUCCGCAGCUCCAGACGAGCACGAUUUCCACGGUAGCUGUACGGACUAGACCGCGAAGGCCAUCGAGGAUCAUUCAUGCCGCAGCAGGCCUGGGCUAUGGGAACACGGGCCGAGGGAGGUCAUGGGGAUUGGCCACGUUAUGGCUAGAUGAGUACUAA